UGUGCUGUGCCAAAGCGUCAAACAAAAGUAAGGUCGCCACCACCAUCUUCCCUCCUCAUCUUUAUCUUCUCCUUCUUCUUCCUCUGCCUCUCCUUCUUCUUCCUCUUCUUCAACCGAAACCCUAACCUGCAGCUCGAACCUUUCUUGGCCCGCACUCCUCAAUGACCACUCUCUCCUCCCCUUCGUCGAACCCCAACAACAACCCCACCUUCUUAAUCCCCCCGCAAACCCUAAUCCCACCCGAUUUCGGCUUCAAUUCCGAAUCCAACACCAACCCUCCCCCCUCUCCCCCAUCGGCGAGUUCUAACCAUUUACCUCCGUCCACGUCUCCCCUCAUGUCCUCCGAUUACGACUUCAAAUCCGAUCCGGCCGACGGCUCCCCGGACGCUCUCGGCGGCGAGUCCUCCCCGUUCCUCCCCUCCCCUGAAGCUCAAGCCUUGCUGCCGCCGACCCAGAGCCCGGCCAUGUCCCGGGUCCCGAGCCUCCUCCACCUGUCGUUCAAUCAGGAUUUCGGGUGCUUCGCGGUGGGCACCGACAACGGGUUCCGGAUCUACAACUGCGAUCCUUUCAGGGAGAUUUUCCGCCGGGACUUCGAUUCCGGUGGCGGGAUUGCGGUCGUGGAGAUGCUGUUCCGGUGCAACAUACUGGCCCUCGUCGGGAGCGGGUCGAACGCGCUGUAUCCGGUUAAUAAGGUCAUGAUCUGGGACGACCACCAGUCGCGGUGCAUCGGGGAGCUCUCGUUCCGGUCCGAGGUGAAGUCGGUCAAGCUCCGGCGGGACCGCAUCGUGGUGAUCCUGCUGCAGAAGAUAUAUGUCUACAACUUUUCGGACUUGAAGUUGCUGCAUCAGAUUGAGACCAUCGCGAAUCCAAAGGGUUUGUGCGUGGUGUCGCAGAGUUCGGGGCAGAUGGUGCUCGUCUGUCCUGGGCUUCAGAAGGGGCAGGUUAGGGUUGAGCACUAUGCUUCGAAGAGGACUAAGUUUAUAUUGGCGCACGAUUCAAGGAUUGCGGCCUUUGCACUUUCUCAGGAUGGAAGGUUAUUAGCAACUGCAAGUAGUAAGGGAACUCUAGUCAGGGUGUUUAAUACUCUGGAUGGGUCGUUGCUUCAAGAGGUAAGAAGGGGUGCAGAUCGUGCAGAAAUAUACAGCCUGGCCUUUUCUUCUACUGCCCAAUGGUUAGCGGUCUCAAGUGACAAAGGAACCGUGCAUGUUUUCACUCUAAAGGCUGAUUUAGGCAUGCUGAACAAUGACAGAUUGCACAACACAUCGGAAAACCAUGGGUCUUCCUCCUCCGUGAUCUCAUCACUUUCUUUCAUGAAAGGCGUUCUGCCUAGGUAUUUUAGCUCGGAAUGGUCAGUGGCUCAGUACCGACUGCAUGAAGGUUUACAGUAUGUCGUUGCUUUUGGACACCAGAAGAACACCGUUUUAAUUCUGGGCAUGGAUGGGAGCUUUCAUCGAUGCCAAUUUGACCCGAUGACUGGUGGAGAGAUGACUCAGAUCGAAUACUAUAACUUUCUGAAACCCGAUGAAACUUUGUGAGGUGAAGUUGUACAUGUCCUUUGACAGUUGCGUGUAUAUUAUCGGUAAUGCUCUCUGCUUAUAUGACACGAGAACGUAAUGAAAUAAGUUGUAAAUACAUGGUCCGAAAAUGGAGGGCUAUAGGCAUAUUGAUAACUGCGGGCGGAGUGUAUAUAUUAAUCAGGAGGUUCGGGGAGUUCUUAUUUCUAUAGUUGUGAUAAUAAAAGAUCUCAAUCGUUAUGCCUGUUUCCUUUGA